AUGUCUCCCUCUACCGCCAUUGCCCCUUCGGCCCCCGCCUCCUCGAGCCGGGCUGGCAACAAGUUCAGAGCCCAGCAGAGUGCCAGGGUUGCCAAGAACUUCAAGCCCAGCAGCAAGUCCACCACGCCGGCCGGCCAGUGGACCAUGCCCGACAGGAUCAAGAAGCAGCUGAGCACCUGGUCGGCGCUCAGCGAGAAGGCCCCUCCCCGCAGCUCGCUCCGACGGGACAUGCGCACCCUGUACUGGGGCGACGAGGUGCACGAGAUGAUGGCGGCCGAGGCGCUCAUGCAGCUGGACGACGGCGACGACGUCACGGCCUGGGGCCGCUGGCGCGCCGAGCGGGCGCUGGCCCGCGCCACCGACGGCAUCGGCGAGAACCACAUGUUCCGCACGGCCGGCCUCCUCGCCGAGGCCCGCCGCGCCCAGCGCAACCUCCUGCUCUUCCCGGACCCGGCCGUGUCCGUCGACGCGCCCGACUCGGAGGCCGAGGACGCGCUCGAGGACGCCGAGCACCUCGCGCGCGCCCGCCGCCGCCACCGCGCCGGCGACCACACCUCGUGCAACCCCACCACCACCGUUGACGACAUGGACGACGCUGCCGCCGACUUGUUGUGCGACGACCCGGCCAUGUAUAUCUCCUCCUUCUCUUUCUCCGCCUACACGUACACCUUUUCGACCUUGCCCAAAACAUCGAAGGCCUCCUGGACUUGGUCUGUGGGCUCUAAAUUGUUAGAGUGCUUCGGAAAGACCGGACUCGCCCAUGUCUUUGGCGACAAUAUGCCACAUCUCUCUGGCUAUCCGGACGAUCAACCAGUCGUAGUGUCUACCGAGGAGGAUGUUGCACGGGGGCCGCUGGUCGGGCUCGUCGGAUCUCUGCCGCAUCUGGCGAGGCUGGGCUGUGACUACUGCAUUCACUCCCGGCCGCUCGGCCGCGAUAACCCCGCAUCCAUCGGCGGGAUUUUGUUCUACACAGUAUUCAACGUAUGGUACAGGGGGCAAGAAAACAACGGACGGAUGGAUCCUGUCAGCCUAGCCAAGCCCAGGGACGUUUCGCGGUACUGUGUGUUAAGCUUCCAAUCCAUAAAAUUCUACCAAAUUAAACGUAAAUAUAUUUUUACAUAA